AUGCGUUCGCGCGGCCACCGGCUGCCGCGUCAGAGAUUCUACCUGCCUCCAUUGUGUCCCCGAUCGAAUCCCGGACCGCUCGGCAACAGUUUCCACCGGGAUCCCCGCCCCGUCGCACGCAAGGUGUUCCCGGUGCGCUCCCGGCUCGGGACGAGUCCGCUUUUUUGCGUCUCCGUCCGCUCCCGCGAUUGUUUACCCAAGCCCGCGGCGCGAACACAGCUC